GUUAUUUAGCGUUCCGGAGAGGCGGCCACACUGCCGUGUUCUCUCUUCCGCUCUGCGGAAUCAGUCGCUCGUACAGGUGUCCCAGGUGUGCGUGCGUGGAAAAAGUCGGAACUCGCGAAGGGAAAACGCGACAUUACAUUUGAAAAUCGGUGUUUUGAGUCACACAUAUCGAGUUGUCCGGUGUUUAUGCAAAUUUAAUUGCGGUCUCCCAAUUCAUUGAAAAGUCAACAGGUCGCUACCCCCGCCGCCCGCGGACGAAAAUAAACACAAUCAGCCAAUGAAACAGGCAGCUCGGGCGAGGGAGAACCGCUCAACCGGUUUCAAAAUAUCACCCAGCACCCAGUUUUCUUGCCUAUACAUUUAGUUUAUAGGGAAUCAAAACAUACGCCUCAGCAGUGUGCGAGAGACCCAUGUAUCAUAGUGCUGUGUGUUAGUGGGAAAGCUAGUUCAGUAAUCCGAGUCAGCAGGGCGAGAAAAUUAAACAAAUAAAACGAAGCCAGCCAGACAGACGGACAAUGGGUUAUUCCAUAAAGAACUGCGAAACGGGGGAGUUGGAGUACUUCUACACGGACUCCGCCCGGGUGAAGAAGCCCGCCUACGAUGAGGAGACCGGCGAACCAGUGCACGACCAGAUGAAGGUGCGCUACCGGAAGCACGGCCACUUCCAUGUCCCGAAGCACUAUCUCCGGGGAACCUUGUGCGACGAGGUGGACGACGUACUGGCGAACACGGUGCGACACGGCGCAGCGGCCAUUCCCGAGAUUCCAAAGCCCGCUCCCCGGAAGGCAACCAGAGGCUACGAGCGGGAGGACUUCUACCACAUGGAUGGCGUCAAUAGCAACAUCAUCCUGGGGUACAAGCGCUACGAGUACCUGCUGUUCCUGGUUCCCACGCUCUUCUGCUACAACUUCGUCAUCGGCGCCACGCUGGCGGUCAUCGAGAUCUUCCUGCACAUGAUGUCCCACCACAAGAACAGCCUGACCAUGCAGAAGGGUCUCUACUUCCGCAGCCCCCUCCACGUGCUCUCCUCGCAGUUCUGCGCCAUCUGCCGCACCGAGUGCGACAGCAAGUACAACCGCAUCUUCGACAUGCUCAACAAGCAGAUGCGCAACUCCCACCGCUCCGGCGCUCUGAAGAACAUGGCGAAGGCCAUGGCCUAAGUCGACCGAGUCGUCGUGGUACUCAAGGAUUAGACACGAUUUACUAAUUUAAUUUUUUAAACAGAAACGAUACUUUGUCACACGGUCAACAAAAAUAAAUGCACUGGUUUAUCACUGAA